ACGGCAGAGUUUCGAUAGAGAGCUACGAGGACUUUAACACCUGUGCGCAAGACAGCCAGACUUUUGGACAUACGCGCUAGGUGCGCGAGACAGCGUGUAAUUGCGCGUGAAAAAAAUUACGCCUUUUGUGGACUGGGACAAGGAAAGCAUCUGCUGAUCGAGUUUUGAGUUUCGCUGUGUCCAUGUCUGACAUGUACAACCUGGACUCGCAGUGCGUAACGCCACCAUGCAACAUGAGCUGGGCCAUGGAGCCUGCCAACUUCUAUGAUAAUAAAGUCAUGCCAGGGGAUGCCAAAACCGGGGGAGAGCAUUGCACGUCCGAGGACAACAACAACAACAAUAACAGCAGCAGCAACAGCAUGAUGGAGCUCAGCAACGCGCCUGCCAUCUACGAUGAUGAGAGCGCCAUCGACUUCAGCGCAUACAUCGAGUCCAUGUCCACGGUUCCUUUGGAGAUCUGCAACGACGAGCUCUUUGCAGACUUGUUCAACAACACGGUGAAGCAUGAAAAGCCUGACUUUUACCUGGCAGGCGCUUUUGCGCAAAAGAGCUCGGAGAGGCUGCAGAACCAGGAUGGGGGCUUUGGCAAGGGCGCGUUUUGCGCACCGAUCAAGAAAGAGGCGGACUGGAGUGACAGUGAUGUGUCCUCGUCCUUACCAUCUCAGAUCGAGACGUGCGCGCAGACGUCCGUGAGCCUCAUGCACACGGGUCAGCCGACACCUCCCACCUCACCUGAGCCAGAACCCCACACCCGGAGGAGGCUGGGAAAGGAAAGGGGAAAAAAGUCAGUCGACAGGCACAGUCCCGAGUAUCGGCAGCGGCGCGAAAGGAACAAUAUCGCCGUGCGUAAAAGCAGGGACAAGGCGAAGCAGCGGAACCUGGAGAUGCAGCAGAAGAUGAUCGAGCUGAGCGCCGACAACGAGCGCUUGCACAAAACGAUCGACCAGAUGACACGAGAGCUCAGCAGCAUCAGAAACUUCUUCAAACACAUGCCCGAACCUUCUUUUGGGACUGCGGCGCGCGCGGCAGUUGACAGUCGGUGACGCGCCUCGGGUAAAGAAAGCGUGAGAGAGAGCGCGCUCCCCAAAAACCUUGCCAAAAACAUACCUCAGUGAACUUGAAUUACUAUGUUCUUCUGUAGCAGACGUGCAUUAAGUUACACAUUGGAUGAUGGACUUUAGCACCGCAUGGUGUCGUGCUUAUUUUUGUAUUCUAAAUUAUUACAGAAAAAACUUCAUAUGUUUUUAUGGUACUUGUUUUAUAAUUCCCCAAAACGUCGUAUUCAAUGCAAGAGCAUGUUUGAAAUUGUACAGUGUGUAUAAAUGUAUAAUAAAACGACGUGAAUUUUCAAAAA